GGCCGCGGCUGGCGGCUGAAUCCGCCGAGCUUCUGCAGGGCUCCUCGGACAGCCGCCGCCAGAAGCCGAGCGAGCAAAGCGAGAUCUGGGAAGGUGGUCGCGGAGCAGGGGUCGCCUCGGAGGCUCUAACGGAGGACGGGCAGCGUGGCUGCCUCGGCUUUGCCCCUCUCGCUCCUAGAAGCGGCGGCGGAGGCUGGCUCUGUUCUCUCGAAGGCGCUUUCGGUUUUUUCGGCGAGCCGGGCAAGAGGGGCGCGCUCUGGCAGGCCCGUUACCCGUGGCUGCCCCCGAUGCCUGGAGGUGGCGCGCAUGACGUCAGCAGCAUCGUCGCUGCAUCCCGUACGCCGCCUCGCUGUUGCCAUGGCAACCUCUUCCCCGACGGCAGAGUUGGCUGAGACCCUUAACUGAUAAGAGUGAAGACCUAACAUGGCAACCUUCCUCACAGCUCCGAAAGCCCAUUCCGUCCUGAAGCGCUUUCCACGGGCCAAUGGCUUUCUGGAAGAGUUUCGCCAGGGCACCAUUGAGCGUGAGUGCGUGGAGGAGGUCUGCAGCUAUGAGGAAGUAAAGGAGGUCUUUGAGAACAAGGAGAAGACGAUGGAGUUCUGGAAGGGCUAUGCCUACUCCGUCAAAGAUGCGUCCGACGGGACAGACCGGUCUGAUGCCAUGUACGUCGUGGUGCCCCUGCUAGGUGUAGCAUUGCUCAUUGUCAUUGGUCUCUUCAUCAUCUGGCGCUGCCAGCUGCAAAAAGUCACGCACCACCGUCCCUCCUACCCCCAAAAUAGGGGCCUGGCCAGCCGAGCUGCUCGCAGUUUGCCCAGGGUGAGGGUGCACCGCGAAGCUCCUCCCAGCCAAAGCGAAACCCACUGCCAGCAGGACCCAAGUGGCAGAGGGGCUUCCAAUGGCGAUUGGGGGCAGGGGUCACCCAGUCAGCUGGCCAGGACGCUUGUUGAGCCUGAGCACAUGGCUCCCCCCCUGUCUAGACUGUGCAGUGCCACUCCUCCCCCCUCCUACGAAGAAGUGACGGGGCAGCCCGACUGUGCUGGCAGCAGUGGCGCAGAGGAGCCCAACGUGUCCUACAGUGACCCACCUCCCAAAUACGAGGAGAUUAUGAAUCCCCUUCAUGCUCCUGGGAAGUAGCAGCCCCGGAUCCUCUCGGCCAGGUGAUGCUAUCACAGAACAGCCUUAUCCUCCACCCUCACCAAGUGCUCCAUAGGUGGCCGGUGCCAUUCACCCCCUUCACUCCUUCUGCUGAGCUGUUGCUGGGACCCUCAACUGGAGCAGUUCUAGUUGCAGGGAUAUGAUAGAAAGCAUGGCUGAACGGUGCCCCAGGGGUCUUUUUACAGGAAGACGGCUGAGCGGCGGUUUGGGUGGCUUCCCAGGGAGGAGGCUGGGCCCUACUGCUACAGGGGGGCAUUCAGCACCUUUGAUGUCCACCCUUUUGGCAAGAGCUUGGUUGGGUGCUGAUGGUGGAUUGGGUGGGGUGGGGGCUUUACCACUCUUUCCAGCCACCUGGGAUGGUGCUGAGGAGGAGGAGGGCAGGUAUGCCUUUUUGGCAUGUAUCUGACAUGGGAAAAUGCCAAUCCUUCUUUCAUGCUCAGCUCACUUUAUCUUUCUACCCGACACUGCUUUGUUCAACCAACGGAGGGGAAGAAAACCCACCUCUCUGUUUGCUCUCCCUGUGGAAUGCUGCCUUUGUCUAUGGAUUAAGCCUUGAUGUGAGGCCUCCUUCUCCAAAGAGAAGCAGCCCAAAGCAAAAGUGAAAUUUUAUAUUCACAAAGCCAAUGCGUUGGCAAUUGCCAUUUUCUGAUGUACCUGUUGCACUGGAAGGUUGUGUGUCUGUGUCUGUGCAUGUAAUUUCUAUGUGCAUAUGGAGGGCAGAGGAGAAGGACUGAGCCCCUCCCUCCCAGAAACACAUCAGGACAUUUUCUCGCCCUUCAGGCUUAUCCCACUGGCCCAAUCUGUGUCUUCCUCUCCUUGAGGCUGUCCAAAGGUAGACCCUGGGAGCAACACGCUGCCAAAGAUGAUUCUGGAUGGGCAUCUGUGGCUGGGGACCCCCUUCUGCUGCAACAGCACUUCCUCCUCUGGUGGGAUUCUGCCCCAACAGUUGACUUUCCUUUUGGCCCUUUUCCCUGAAUGGAGGGAGGCAUCCUGUUCCUCCUGCCCUCAGUGCUCUGGGUCUCCCCUCACCACACAGCUCCCUUCCUUUCACUGGGAUUCCCUGGAGAUUUCUCCUUGCCAGAAGGAACAGCUGCUUGAUGUUUUCCCUCCCCUGGACAAAGCACACACUCUCUCUUUCACACUUCUUUCUCGAUGGUGCUAAUGCAUAGCCAGGUAUUCUCUCCUUGUGUGACACUCUGUAUGCUGCUUUACUGUAUUUAUACAUUUUGUUUAAACGGAAAGAAACGUCA